AUGCGCUUUACAGAAGCAAUUGUUGCUUUUGCAGCAUGUCUGGCUCAAGUCCAGAUUGCUCAGGCAGCGUUGGCUUUCACGCAUUGGCCGUCUUCUUUGGAUGCCGGCGUCCCUACAACCUUGAACUGGGAGACUGACUCUGAUGCUCCUGUUACAAUCACCCUACGCAAAGGAGCAGCUGCGGACCUCGACACUGUCCAAGUCUUGACAAAAGAUGCAAAGGGAGGCUCUUACACAUGGACACCUGACGACUCCCUAGCACCAGGCUCAGACUAUGCCUUUCAAAUCGACCAGGAUGGGCAGGUAAACUAUUCGGGGCUUGUGUCAUUGAACAAUGACUCGCAGAGAGUCGCUACAACUUCAACUGCAAGCUCAGUUACCUCCACACAGGAGACGACAACACCAUCCCAGACGGAAACCACACCAACUCCCACUCCCACCGAUACUGCUCCCCGUGAUGAAGUGAACAGUGUUCUGCCUGGCAACAAUGCGACAACGAAUUUUACUUUGGAUGCCAACCACGACAGUAGCUCCAAUGUUUCCAGCAAGAGUGCCAUGGCGGCGGCAAUGCAGAAUGGUGGCGCACCCUUCCAGAUGGUCUCGCUUGAUCUGGUCCUUGGCAUCGUGGCUAUGGGCUUCUAUCUCGUCUGCUGA